AUGAAUCAGGACCGAUCUGCCAGCAGUUCCACCAUGUCAGACAGUGACAUAGGGGAAGAGGAUGGAAUCGUAUCUCUGGAUCUGUCACAGGCCAGUAAGAGGAAGCGAAGAGGCAAUCUGCCGAAGGAGUCGGUGAAGAUUCUCCGGGAUUGGCUGUACGAGCACAGAUUCAAUGCGUAUCCAUCUGAGCAAGAAAAACUCAGUCUCUCGGGGCAGACAAACCUUUCUGUUCUCCAGAUCUGCAAUUGGUUCAUCAACGCCAGGCGCAGGCUCCUUCCUGACAUGCUGCGGAAGGACGGCAAGGACCCCAACCAGUUCACCAUUUCCCGCCGAGGUGCCAAAGCCAGCGACGUUGUGCUGCCCCGCGGCGCCAUCACCAGCUCCGGCUUGUUGAUGGUCCCUCCCGCCGCCGGGGCCACCCCCUCCAAGGUGGUGUCCAUGUCGAUGUGCCCCUCCAUGAUCUGCCACGCUGCCCAGCCUCUGGCCAGCAACUUGACUGUGGUGGCAAGCGAGCAGGAGAAGCAGCAGUCUGCCUUCCAGCGGGUCGAGCUGGAUUCUCACCCCAAGCAGCCGCCGCUGAGUGCAACCAGCAACACCCUGGCCCUCCUGACCAGGGCAGAGGCCGCCAGUCCCACCAAUGGACUCUUCAACACCCCGCCUCCGACGCCGCCGGAGCUCUUUGGAGAGGACUUCAGCAGCUUCCAGCUGCUGGUGGAAGUCGCCUUGCAGAAGGCAGCCGAGCUCGACUCGGAGAGGUUGAACGGGCAGCUCCCCCCCUCGCUGCAGAGGGAGUCUCCCGUCGCUGUCCUCUCUGGAAAGGCCAAGUAGCCUGCUCCAACCUAGCUCCUCCUCGGAGGGUCUCCUUUCU